GAGGCGGCGGCGGCGCCAUCUUGAGUGAGGGCAGCGCCUGAGGGGGGGAACUUUGGCCGCGCUGCCGCCGGCGGGGAAUGCUGAGGGUGGCCCCCCGGGCCCUGCUGUGCUGCCCCCCGAGACCCUCGAGAGCCCCCCAGAGCGCCAGCACCGCGGGCAGCCCCCCGGCCAUGGCAGCGCCCCCAGCCCCGGCGGUGUCCCCGGAGCCCCCGGGGGGGCUGGUGGCGGUGGCACAGGUGACAUCCACGGCGGACAAGGAGCACAACUGGCGGCAGUGCUCGGCGCUGGUGCGGCGCGCGGCGGCCGCGGGGGCCCGCGCCGUGUUCCUGCCCGAGGGCUUCGACUUCAUCGGGGACGGUCCCCAGCACAGCCUGGCGCUGGCAGAGCCACUGCACGGGGACAUCGUGGGGCGCUACCGCCAGCUGGCCAGGGAAUGUGACGUGUGGCUCUCCCUCGGGGGCUUCCACGAGCGUGGCCAGGACUGGGACAGCACCGGCCGGAUCUACAACUGUCACCUGCUGCUGGACAACUCGGGCGCGCUGCUGGCCGCGUACCGCAAGCUGCACCUGUUUGACGCGGCGCUGCCGGGGGCGCCGGCGCUGUGCGAGAGCUCCUUCACCAACCCCGGCCGGGAGCUGCUGCCCCCCAUCGACACCCCCGUGGGCAAGCUGGGGCUGGCUGUGUGCUAUGACCUGCGUUUCCCGGAGCUGGCCCAGGCCCUGCGUGGGGCCGGUGCCCAAAUCCUGACCUUCCCCUCGGCCUUCACCGUCCCCACCGGAGCCGCGCACUGGGAGGUGCUGCUGCGUGCCCGUGCCAUCGAGUGCCAGUGCUACGUGGUGGCCGCGGCUCAGACCGGCCGGCACAACGCCAGCCGGGCGUCCUUCGGCCACUCGCUGGUGGCCGAUCCCUGGGGCACCGUGGUGGCCCAGUGCCACGAGGGGCCGGGGCUGUGCCUGGCCCAGAUCGACCUGGGCUACCUGGAGCAGGUGCGCAGGGACCUGCCCGUGCACGGCCACCGCCGUGGGGACAUCUACGGGGCCCUGCCGGGGACACCGGGGACACCGGGGACGUGACGGCGCCGGGCUGGGGCCGAAUCUGCUCGGCUUGCACCAGAAUGGAAUGGCACAACAUGUCCCCCUUUCUCUUUUUGGGAGUCCCAAAUCUGCCCCUUUUGUCCCCAAAAUGGAAUGGCACAACGUGUCCCCCUUUCUCUUUUUGGGAGUCCCAAAUCUGCCCCUUUUGUCCCCAAAAUGCAAUGGCACAACGUGUCCUCCUUUCUCUUUUUGGGAGCCCCAAAUCUGCCCUUUUUGUCCCCAAAAUGGAAUGGCACAAUGUGUCCCCCUUUCUCUUUUUGGGAGUCAUAAAUCUGCAUCAAUUCAGCCCCAAAUCUGCCCUUUUUGUCCCCAAAAUGGAAUGGCACAACGUGUCCUCCUUUCUCUUUUUGGGAGCCCCAAAUCUGCCCCUUUUGUCCCCAAAGUGAAAUGGCACAAUGUGUCCUCCUUUUCUCUUUUUAGAGGUCCCAAAUGUGCUUGAAUUGAGCCCUAAAUCAGCCCCAAAUCUGCCCUUUUGUCCCCAGAAUGAAAUCACAAUGUGUCCUGCCUGCUCUCCUUUUGGGGUCCCCACUCUUUUUUGGGGUCCCGAUUCAGCCCCAAAUUUGCUCCAAAUCUGCAUCAAUUUAGCCCAAAAUUGAGCCUGAAUCUGCCCCAGAUCUGCUCUAAUUUACACCAAAUAUGCUCCAAAUCGACCUUUUUGUCCCCAACGUGAAACAGCACAACGUGUCCCCCUUCUUUUUUGGGGAGUCCCAAAUCUGCUCUGAAACUGCCCCAAAUCAACCCCAAAUGUGCUUUGAAUCAGCUCAGAAUGUGCCCCAAAAUCUGCCUCAAUUCAUUCCAAAAUCUGCCUCAAUUCAACCCCAAAUCUGCCCCAAUUCACCCCAAAUUUGCACUGAAUCAGCACUUUUGUCCCCAAAAGGGAUUUCUGCUUUUUUUUGGGGGGGGGGGUUCCCCCUUUUUUGGGGGCUUCUUGGGGGGAGAGAUUUCCUUCUAUUGAAAUUUGAAAAAUAUAAAGAUCCCAGGAAAUGACCCCAAAG